AAUAUCUGGAUAUGUAGGAUUGGAAAAUACCCGGACGUCUUUAUUGUUGUCUUAUUACGGAUGAUUUCUGUUUAUGUUUUUAAGUGUUGUUUAUCAAGCACAGUCGCUGUUAAAUUCAUAAUUAAUCAGAGUUUUUUUCCCCCACACUAUAACCUGAAUAAAACACGUUUAUAUGUGAUUAGUUGCUGUCUUUGUGCCCUUUGUCCUACAUUCCCUGAAGGGGAAGUUGUUGUUGAUCUGUUUCCGGCUCUUGUGUGUUUGUGUCUGUAUAAAUGAGACCUAAUAAUCGACAGUAAUAUUUAAUAAUGUUGUUAUUUCCCUCGGAGCUGUGGAGUGUGUGUGUGGACAUCAUCACCUCUACACACUGUACUGUAGUUUUAGGUGCAGUUACAGCGUCACUUUUGUUCCUGUUUGGCAGAAACAAAGCUCAGGUGCCGGUGUUGGUGUGUACUGAUGGAUUGCGGGUGUUCUUACACACACACUGCCCUGUGGUUUUGGAGAGGUUUUGCCCUACGCCUUGGUGCUGGGGCGGCCGAGUACAGACGCUGAUGCGCGUCUUCAUCAAAUCCUGUCCUGCUGUCACGUAUCGCAAUGAGAUGAUCAGGACCGGUGAUGGUGGUCAGCUGUCUCUAGACUGGGCAGAUAACCCCAAAAGUGCAAACUACCCACAAUCCUCCUAUCGGCCUACAGUGCUGAUCCUGCCCGGGCUGACAGGAAACAGCCGGCAGACGUACGUCCUGCACAUGGUCCAGCAAGCCGUACGACAUGGGUACAGGUGUGUGGUGAUGAAUAACCGAGGUUUUGGAGGAGAAGAUUUGCUGACACCUAUUACAUUUUGUGCUGCAAAUACUCAAGACGUGGAAACGGCUGUCAAUCAUGUGAAAGAGCUUUAUCCAAAAGCCCCCCUGCUCGGAGCUGGGGUGUCUCUUGGGGGGAUGCUGCUGCUGAAUUAUCUGGCACGUAAAGGUUGUGACUCGAAGAUGAUCGCAGGACUCACGCUGUCCGUCAGCUGGAACUCAUUCGAAUCAUCCAAAUCACUGGAGCAGCCAAUCAACAAGCUGCUUUUUAAUCGCCACCUCACCAGUAACCUGUGUCGCGCCAUCAACAGACACAGAAAGAUCCUGGAGACGGUGAUAGACAUAGACCAUGUGUUAAAGGCUCGAACCAUUCGGGAGUUUGACGAGCGCUUCACAUCUGUGUUGUUCGGCUACAAGUCGUGUCACGAUUAUUACCAAGACGCCAGUCCAGGUUACAAAGUGCCCCAGAUGUCUGUCCCUGUGCUGUGCCUUAACGCCGCUGAUGAUCCCUUCUCCCCAGAACAUGCUUUCCCAGUAUCUCUGGCUCGGCGCUCGCCGAACGUGGCUCUCUUAGUGACAUCACACGGAGGACACAUCGGCUUCCUCGAAGGUCUUUUCCCGCACGGCGAAGGCUACAUGGAUCGAGUGUUCAGUCAGUUUGUCCGAGCCGCCUUCGAACACCAGGAGGACCUGAAGGAAGCCUGCCUUAACAGCGACAAGUAGCACAAACAUCUCAGCAGCUCAGAGUAACCACUACACACACGAUUUACGAUCCAGUAACCACCAGUACACCUCUCUGUAAUACAUUUCAGCUACGGAAACCGCAUUAGAAGGAAGUUUCACUUAAAAAUGAAAGUUUAUGCUUUUAAGUGCUCAGAAAAAGGGACUGAGGGAUUUCUGUUUGUGUGCUGAAGAGAUGACGAUCUAAAUGUAAAAUCUCUAACAAUUUUAUUUAACAAAUGCUACAUGCGCACUUUUUUAUUUAUUUACCCAAAAACAUGUUUAAUAUCCAAAAUCUCCAUAUAUAUUUUUUUUUAUUUCCAUAUAGAUUUAUAACGUCGUUCUCUUUCACAUGUCGACCAGUAAUACAAAAAAAAAAACCUAAUCAACAGGUUGUCUUUAAAAAUAAUUAAAUAAUUGAUUAAAUAUUUAGGAGAUCAUUUUUAGAAUGUUUUAUGAAGUCCACUAAAUUCUAAUAUAUAUGUAUUCUUUUAAUAUAUUCACUUUUAUUAUUCUGUUCAAAUAGAAUCAUUUGAAUUAUUUAUUCAUCCAGAUCAAGAAGCGUUAAGAUUUAAAGUCGUGUAUUAAUUCACAUUAUUCAUGGCCGGAUAAGUCCAGAGGCUAGAGUUUCCUCCAAAAGCACCACAAUGCCGUGCUCGUUAUCUGCUCCAGAGAGCAUUCAGUAGUGUGAUGCUCGCUCCACCUCUUAGGGGUUUUUUUACACCUUGUCACUUCAUGCGUUUUCUGUGAUCAGAUAGCUAUCCGAUGGUAAAAAGACCAGGUCUAAAUGCCCUCCGUAACGUUUUCGAGACGGAUAUAAAUUCGAUGGUUCAAACCACUUCAGGAGGUGGUCUGGGACGCAUUUCAGAUGAAACUGGACAGGUGUAAAUGAAUGUGGUUGUUCAAGCCACAUACGUCAGCGCUAUACUCCUCCCAAACGGAAGUACGUCACUCGCAGAUCACUCACGAGUCGUGCAUCACGCCAGAAACAAAUAUGUUUUCCCACCAGUGCUGUGCUCCGAUCUUUCACCCAGGUGUCUCGUUGGGUCUUAAAAUGCACUGCUGCCGCCAGCAAAAAUGCAGCAAACAGUGAAUGCUGUUUUUUGUAGCAACCGCAUACACCAAGGUGUGCUACAUGUCAAUUACCCCGGAAAUGAGGUAAAAUAUAUUAGCAUUUUGGGCGGCAGUAGAAAGAUCGGAUCGAUAUCCGAUUCGCCGAGACGCAUUUAUGUGGCCUAAUGUAAAUGGAACAGUUUUAACAAAUCAGAUAGUUAUCGGAUCAGAGAAAACACAUGAAGUGACCAGGUGUAAAAAGGCCCUAAUGUUUUGUCGUAACCUUUGCUUUUGUUAUACAGACAAAAGGCCACUAAUAGAUAUUUUACCUCUUAUUGAACAUUCCAGCAUGUCUUUAGGAACAAGCAUGAAAAUGUCUUUAAGUGAAAUUUCCCUGUAAUAUAAAAUAUAACAAAUGUUGAUCCAGAUAGGUGUACCCCAGAUAGGAGGAGAGAAAGAAAUGUUGCAUACAAUCUAAAUAUAACAUUAAUUAGCAGUUAUUAUUCUGUAAUAAUGCUUUCAUUUCAUUGUAUCAGGUUUUUUUUUUUAUUAUUUAUUUAUUUUUUAAAUCAGUGUUUAUUUUUUUUUUUUAAUUAUUUAUUAAUUAUUUUUUUUCCUUUGGCAUUAUGAAUGUUCUUAUCUAGUACUUGAGACUCUCAUUUCACCUUUUUCAGUUUGGAUAAAAAAAAAAAUGAAAUUGUUUAAAAAAAAAAAAAAAAAAAAAGGAAAGGCAUUUAAACUGUUUGUUUAUGCAGAUCUGAUCGUAACGUUCAUCUAAUACAAUCAGAACGGAGAAAUGAAUCAACAUUCAAGGUCUAUUUGAAGACCCUAGACAAUUUCUGGAUUCAUUCAUAUUCAUAGUUUUCUUCUGGGUUUGUUCUUAAAAAUCUGCCAGAUUUCUGAACGCUUGUUUAAAAAAAAGGGCAAAAGAAGGAAACUGGGGUCCAAAAGAAAUAAUGCCUUAAAUUAUAAUUUAUUAUUAUUAUUAUUAUUAUUAUUAUUAUUACUUUGCAAUCAUUUAUGCUGGUCUUGUUAUUGUGGGUUUAAUAAUCUUGUUUGAUUUUUUUUAAUCAAGAUUUUUAAAUGUUAAAAAUCUUUAAAUGAAGUGCUUAAAUUUUUCGUUAAAUUUUUUUUUUUUUUACAUUUUAUUUUUUCUCAUUAAUUAUUAUUAUUUCAGUUCUGUGCCUCUGAACAAGACAGACCUCCAUAGCACCUGCAGUUCAAUAGACUACAAAAUCGAAACUUGAAGCAAAAGUUUUGGCACCCCUCUCCUUUGUUAUGCUACCAGCCAGGUUACGGUCUCAAGCUGUCCUUUGCCAUUAUUGUCAUUUAAUAAUACAGUAUUACAGAAGAGCCAAAAAGAACCAGAGAGAAUAGUUUGAUAGAUAGAGAAUAGUGCUGAUCAUGUGACUUGUGGAGCGAUCUAAAUGUUUCAUGGGGUGAAGAUGUACAGGUAACGAGGUUGAGUUAAUGAACUAUGUAACGUAUAAUGGAUGAAUCGUAGAAAUAGAUGUUUCAAGUAUGAUUUAAUAAUUAUGAUGUUUUGAAGGAUUAAAGCUCUUCAGAAGUUAUUUAUGCUCAUAGACGUUUAUGAUGGAAACUUUACGAUCUUUAAAAUGCUUUUGAUCUUUAUUUAACAUACAUAUUAUAAGUGUAAUAUCAGUAGGAAUCAUAAAUGAAUCAAGGAAUCACCUAAAUAUUGAUUUAUUGGUUGGUUUAUUGCACUAUAAAAAAGGCCAUGAAUAUUAAAGCACUUAAUAGUCUUUGUACAGGAUAAAGGUUUGUGUUUAUUUGUUUAUUAUGCCGAAUAUAAAGUAUGUAUUUGACUGAAUUCUUUUUUUUUUAUGUUCAUGCUAUAAAAGUUGCAGUAUAUCAGCACUGAUGUGUGAAUUGAAGGAGAAGUGUCAAAUUGAGCCAUUGUGCCAUUUAUUCUCUGAUCCUGAAUCAGUUGUGUCAUAUGUUCCCUGUGAACUGGCUGAUCUGGCGUCAGCCAUCAAAGCCAGAGCCCUACAGACAAAAUGAUGGACUAACCUUCUCUAGUUUUGUCUUCUUGGUUUGUUUAUAUCUGUCACCACUUACAGUUUAAAAGUCAGUAUCUGGACGGUUAACGAUAAUCAUCCAUCAGUAAAAUGUGAAACAUAUAGAUUUAUUUUUAUAUAGUCCGUGCUGACUUUGGUCCGAGCGGAAGAGUCAAAGCUAUCAGUUACAGGUGUGUGUUCGACGACCAGGUGCUUAUAACGCACAUGAAAAUCACUCGUGGUUUUCUAGACAUUUCUAUUUACACUUGAAUGCUUUACUCUACACACUGUAUCGGUAUAUAAAGCCUUCCCCUCUUGCCUCGGUCUUUGUGUAAAAUCUCACCAAGUUUUAAUAUAGUCAACUGUUCAUUGUGCACUGACGCUUAAUACUGAAGCAUCAUUAAAAUGUUGGUCUUUGA